GGAAUGGGCCACCAUGGAUAUUUACUUCUUCUCUUUGCUUCUUCUAGUAUAUUUCAAUUAGUAUUGCGCGAGGCUUCAAAGCGAAUGAAAGGUUCCCGAUCGUCUGACUAUUAUCACGCGGAAAACUGAUAAGUUUCUGCGGCACUGUUACAGUUUUCAGUUGUCGGCGCGCCACUGACCGGCAUGGCUUCGACCGAGUUCGCCGUCAAUUUGGGCGGGAAAACUUACGACUUGCGGAACUUCGUCCGCGACCACCCCGGCGGCAUCAACACGUUGGAAAAAUUCCGCGGAAAGCCCGUCGGCCAGGUGAUGAAGUUGUACGGACACAGUUACAGUGCCUACCACAUGUUGAACGACUUUAGGGUGGACAGUGGCAAGGACGCGAACCUGACGGGGGGAGUGAGUGCGAGCGGGAGGAUCAUCACCAAGGGAGAGGCUGAUAUGGAUCACGAGCAGAUUGCCUUUUUAGAGGAGCUCGAGAGCAGACUGGACUGGUCGAAGCCUCUCCUGUCCCAGCUGCACAAGAUCGCCCCGCACUACGAGCUGUGGGUCAACAGCGCCGUGUACCGGAAGUGCAGACUCUUCGCCAGCCCCGUGCUGGAGAGCCUGACCUUCACGCCGUGGUACGUCGUGCCCAUGUUCUGGAUACCUAUCAUCGUAUGCAUGGGCGUCUUGCAGUUUCGUGACCAUGUGUUCUGUGGUGAUUCGUGCGAGGAAGCCAGUCUGUCAGGGCUCGAGUUCGUGGGUCACAUUGUCUUCGGCUUUUUCCUGUGGACUCUGCUGGAGUACUCGUUGCACCGCUGGGUGUUCCACCACGACCCCGGCUCCUCGGUUAUACUCAUUCAGCUACAUUUUCUCAUUCAUGGAAUGCAUCAUAAGGUUCCCUUCGACGGGCUGAGGCAAGUGUUUCCGCCAAUCCCCGCGUUGCUGCUGGCUGUCAUACUCUACUUGCCUGCCUCACUCCUCUUUACUCAUUCGCUGAUCAAGUUGACUGGCGCACUUAUAGGUUACUUGAUCUACGACAUGAUCCACUACUACGUGCACCACGGCUCGCCGCGGGACGGCACCUACCUCUACGCCAUGAAGCGCUACCACUCCAACCACCACUUCCUCAACCAUGACAAGGCUUUUGGCAUCAGCAGUAAAUUAUGGGAUCACAUAUUUAAGACUUUCGUACAAGUUAAGAAUCUUGGAUUCAGUUUGCAUUGGUAACAUUCGAAUAUAUUAUGUAAAUUGUAAAUAAUACUUAUUACUGGCAAGGGCUGUUGAGGGUUCAAAGUUCAAAUCCUAAGAGUUUUAAAGUAGGUUAAUCCUACUCGUUUUUGAAUUUUCCUAAUUUUAUAUUUUGUAUCAAAUAUUAAAUUUGCUCCAACAAAGUUAUCUAAAAGCACAUUAAAGAAAUCGCAACUUAUUUAUUUAUUUUUAUUAAUUAUUAUUUAUUAAUUUAUUUA